CCUCUACCUUCCCUGCCCUCGCCAGCCAUUGUUUUAUCCCUAUAACUAGUAAGCCCGACCCCCGGCCAGUGGAGCAGGCAGGCAGGGGGAUUGAUAAAAGGGUUCUCGGGGGCAGGGUACCUGAGGGCAAUGAGCGCGGGAGGCGGCACCAGCACGCUUGGCGGCGGGGGCCCGAGCGGAAGCGGCGGCGGCGGCAGCGGAGGCCCCGGAGGAAGUGGCGGCGGUCCCUGCGGCGCGUGCAAGUUCCUCCGGCGCAAGUGCGUGAGCGGGUGCAUCUUCGCGCCCUACUUCGACUCGGAGCAGGGCGCGGCGCACUUCGCGGCGGUGCACAAGGUGUUCGGCGCCAGCAACGUCUCCAAACUGCUGCUCCAGAUCCCGGCGUACAAGCGCCUCGACGCCGUCGUCACCAUCUGCUACGAGGCCCAGGCACGCCUCCGCGACCCCGUCUACGGAUGCGUCGCCCACAUCUUCGCGCUCCAGCAGCAGGUGGUGAAUCUCCAGGCGGAGCUGACCUACCUGCAAGCCCACCUCGCCACGCUGGAGCUGCCGUCCCCGCCGCCGCUGCCGGCCCCGCCGCAGAUGCCGAUGCCGGGCCCGUUCUCCAUCUCGGACCUGCCGUCGUCGACCAACGUCCCAACCACCGUCGAUCUGUCGGCGCUCUUCGAUCCGCCGCCGCAGCCACCGCAGUGGGCGGUCCAGCAGCAGCACCACCACCAUCAGCACCAACAGCAGCACCAGCUUCGGCAGCCGACGCCGUAUGCCGCGCCCGUCAGGGGCGGCUCCGGCGUGGCAGAGAGCUCGGGCGGCGGCGGAGACCUGCAGGCGCUGGCGAGGGAGCUCCUGGACCGCCACCGGUCCGGCGGCGUGAAGCUCGAGCAUCCGCCGCCGCCGCCGCCACACUCGAGAUAGCUGGAUGGAGAGGGAGCAAUCAAGAUGUUGCGGAGAAGGAGGUGAGUGGCAUGGAGACUUGGAGAGAGUUGGCACGCGGCAAUAACGAGGGAGAUUGGGGUCGGUGACGGCCCGGGGGCGAUGGCGAGCAGGGAGUAGGUAAGCAGCAUUGGCCGGUUUUCGCGUAUCCAUCUUGUUGUUAACAAGCUGGGGUGCAAUGGCGCCCCACUUGCUUGAUACAUGCUCCGGUUUGGAUUUGCUCCAAGACAAAGAGUUGCUGGGGAUCGGGAGUCGUAGUACUAGAAUUGACAUGUAGUAGGAACAGUAUUACCUUUGUCACCUUUCCAUUAAUUGCAAGAUUUUAUGAAAGCCUUAUGGUUCUAUAGUGCCAAUUGUUCAAAAUCUACUAAUUAAUCUUGUUUUCCUGUUUUCCCAGUCUAAAUGCAUCAACACUACUGAUACAGCAUAAUCCUUUUUCUCAAGUAGCAGCAUUUAACCACCAGUGAUUAUUGUACAUUAUGGUUAAUUAAGACUUUAAUCUUUUUAUGCUAAAGAUGAAAAUAUGUUAAGAAAUUUAUUGUAAGUUAACUUUCUGAACCAGCGUCCCAAAUAUA